AUGAUUAGAAAUCACAACCCUUACACUGCUGAAGUACUCGAACAACUUCAACAAAAUACCGUUACUUCUAUCCCUUCCAACAUUGAAUAUUCUCCUAAAUUUUCAUUUAAUUCGCUUCCUAAAGUAAGAGCUUCGCUUAUAAAACGUGAUAAUGGCAGUUUUAUUGUUGUAAUAAUAGAUAAUCAGUCUGAGAUUACUAUUGAAUUUCCUCUUCCAAAAGUUAACGAUCUAGUUGCUAGAUGCAGUGAGAAUCAAACACGAACGGGUAAUGCUUUUCUUUUGUUCAGAAGCGAGAUUCAAAGAAAUGUUCCAUGGUUGCUGAAUAAUGAUAUAUCAUCAUUCGCCGGAAAUGCAUGGCAGAACUCAGAUAAGAAUCUAAGGGAUUCUUUUUUAAAAUUGGAAAAGAAACUGAAAGAAAAAUUCCAGAAGAAACACAUACCAUUCAUUCAAUAUACUCCUCAUAACAUCACAAAUAGAGUUAAACGUAGAAGACAAAACAAGAAAACAAAUCACAAUUUUUGCUCUCAAAGAGUCACCAAGAAUAUACAAAAGCCAGGCAUUGGCGCACAAAAUAAUUCGGCAUUGCUCCAAGAGACAUUAUGUAUCAGGGAAGAGCAUCACAAUUUUUGCCCUCAAAGAAACACAAAUGAUACACAGAAGCCAGACAUUGCUAUACUAAAUAAUUCAGCAUUGCUCCAAGAGACAUCGUGUAAUAACUUAAGCUUGCCCACAGAUCCAUCCUUUAUAUUUUCAGGAAAUUAUAACAUCUCUCAGUCCAAUUCAUUCCCCAUGUUUGCAUUUUUGGAUAUGAAUCUCUUGCCAGAUUUUUCUGCGUUUUUUCAAUUCCUCUAA